UAAAUCUAAACAAACGAAUAUCGGUACCGUUGUAGCUGGAUCUGUUCAAGCUAUCAUCGGUGUCCUAUAUAAAGACAAGGCAUGUAUUUCCCUCUUCGAUACAAUAGAAGUUGAUAUGCAAGACAUCAUUCAAAUUAACGAUGUAAAAAGAGAGUUACACGCUUUAAUGAGACGGAAAAACAAAGAGCCCCCAAUUGCUAGGCUAAAAGGCGAAAGUGGUGCGCAUUCCGGUGUUCCUGUUUUCGUUGUCGGAGUUUAUUCGGACGUUGAGCAGUUGGGUGAAGGAUUUGGAAGCUCAAAGGCGAUGGCUGAAUUCAGGGCAUUUAAAGAUGCUUUGGUGAAAUAUUACUUGACAGAGGUCAAAGAUUUUACAUUACCAUCCACAAUUAAUACACCCGAAAAGCAAAAUAGUUAUGUUCCAACAAUAGUCGGAGAUACGCCACCAAAACUAUAA